AUGGACUAUCAGGAUUUUGCAUACUCGGACACCGUGCCACUUCCAGUCUACCCGGAAAACUCAUCUAUCGAUGGCAUGAUCGAUCCAAAUCUCAAACCCUCUGCUUCUCCGUGGACACCUCCACAGGUUCACCGUUACUUGACAGAUCACAACAAAUCCACGAUCCUCAACUACGCGGGAGUUGAUACGAUCUUCCAUGAGACCAUAAUCCGGAGAGACGACAGUACAGGGCCAAUCUCAUGCAGCCUACCUCAACGUCGAGACUCACCAUCGUUCUCCUCUCACACAUCGUCAACAGGCAGUAGUAUCUUGAGCCCACCCGGAGAGGGUGACUACUACCAACCACAUUCGCCACCAACGCCCACUGAUACGUCGAUAAUGUCCCCGUUCUUCAAUCAGUUUGAAAGCCCCAGUUCUCGAGCUCAUCUAUACCAGUACACAGGUCUUGCCGAUGAUUGUGUGAAGCCAAUCGACAUUAACCCCUACCAAGAAUCCCCUGAGAACUAUUUUGAUGACAGCAACCCAAGGUCAGAGUUCCCUUUGAGAGGAUAUAGUAUGUCAACCGACGACAGCAGCGCCUGUAUGGACAUGUGUAGCAUACGGGAACAAAUCGGAUCCCGACGGCUUAUGAGCCCUGAGGAAUCUGCGCCGGAUGUGAAAGAAGAAAUUCGCAUUCCUGAGCCCAUCUCGACUUACGCUCCGUAUGAGUCAGAUGACGAGAUGGUGUCCGGUGAUGAAGCCGAGACUCUCAUUUUGAAGCACGAAGAUAGAGAAGACGGCGAGUACAAACCAUAUCAGAAGCCGAAGAAGACAAAGGCCAGCACAAGCCGGUCUAUCAGGAACCGAAAGCGACAGGGCAGUCCAGGGCCUACACCAGAAGCGAAACGACCCAAGAUUGACCUCGGUGACUCGAGCACGAUUGGUAGACCCACCGUCAAACCUGUUAUUCAAGGAGCAAAAGGCAGCUUCUCCUGUACCGAGUGCUCAAAGAAAGUCUUCUUCAAGGAUGAGAGCGGCCUACAAAAUCACAUCAAGAAGCGACAUACUCGACCGUUCGUUUGUGUCUUCGGCUUUGCGGGCUGCAAUUCCACCUUUGCCAGUAAGAAUGAGUGGAAACGACAUUGUUCUUCGCAGCACCUUGUUUUGAACUACUGGAUCUGUCAACAGGAUCAAUGUUCCAAGGUUUCGAGCAAAGCUACAGCACCCGUCCGCGGUCGCCUUAACCCCCCUUCCUCUCAGAGCCCCUAUAUACCAGCACUUCCUCGCGGGACCAUCUUUAAUCGCAAGGACCUUUACACCCAACAUCUGCGACGCAUGCAUAUUCCGGCGAAUCUUAAGAAGAAUGUCAAACAAAGGAAGCCCUCGCCUGAGUGGGAAGCACGCGAGCGCGCACAUCAGGAAGGGGCAAAAAGAACACGAUGCAACCUCCCAACUCAUAUGCAGUGCCCAGCCAUCGGUUGCGAUGCCCGCUUUGAUGGUACGAAUGCUUGGGAUGAUAGAAUGGAGCACGUUGCCAAGCAUCUCGAGAAGGCCGCCACCGGUUCAGAGCCGCCGAUUGAAUUCGGCGGAGAAAACGACAAGACUCUCGUCGACUGGGCUACCCGCGCCGAAAUUGCAAUCAUCGAGAAAGGAGUAAAAGGAAAAUGGGAACUACGUAAUCCCUUAAAGCCCAGUGGCAGCCCGAUAGUUGAGGCGACGGUAGACCAGGAAGGGGAUGAGGACGCCGAGGGUGAGGAGGUUGACGAGUGA